GAAGAAAGUGAAAUGGGUCGCGUGGGGGUUACUAUAUAAUCCGGUGAUAGAGAGUGAAAUUUUAACAGUGUCUUCGGAACUGUUAUGUUUUUUUUUAGUUUUUUUGGUGCCGGUGUUUGUGAAAAAUUGAAUAAUGAAAUUCCUAUCGGCCCCCUGGGCACUACUCCUGCUCCUAACGGUAACAUCUGCCGAACAAAAUGGCUGGUCGUGGAACCAAAACGAGGAGACCCCAUCUCAAAACUCAAAUGAAGAAAUCCAAAACAUUGCCAUGUCUUCUUUCGACUUAGAACCGGCGGCAACUGAAAACUUUGAGCAAAAUACUACUGACGUUGAAAAGGUAAUUGAUGAAAUCCUAGUCUCUCAAAGACAAGGAAGAGCUCUGCAGGGAUACGAUGAAAUAUACAGCGAUCCUAACGUGCAAGAGGUUCUUCAAAAAGGAGAUGACGGAGAAGCCAGGAAUGUGAUCAAAGAAAGGCUUUGCUACCUAGGCCUCAUGCAGUGUAGCAAAGAAAUCGAAGGCAAACGCCCAUACAUCAGCCCAGAAGAACUAAUUUACGCCCAACCUGUGGCAAUUAAUCCAGUAGGCCGUCCAAUCCCCACCAUCCCAGUAAAGGGAGUCAGAGGAACUUACGGACCACCCAAACCCUUGCCAGUCCCCCAUGGGAAUAAAUUCGGUCCACCACCUGGAAAGUACCCGCCCUCUUAUUCUCCCAACAAACCACCAAGAAGAAAUUACGGUCCCAGUUUUUCUGGAAACACUUUGGGAGGAAGCAAACCAGGUUACUUUGGCGGGCUUAACAAGCCACCCUUCUUGUCUGGCGGUGAGAUUCUUGCAGAAGGAGAAUUUUUAAAUAAACCUCCAGGUCUAGACUAUUUUAACAAAGAGCCCAGCCCGAGUCUCACUGUUCCAGAUGCGCCUUAUCAGUUCGAAUCCAUUUCUGGAGCGACUCACAAGGACAAGAGAGUCGAAAUUACUGUUAAUGCCCAAGGUGGUGUAGCAACAGCUACAGCGGCCAGCGCUGGCAAAGGAGGUUUAGUAGAACACGUGCAUCAUCAUUUCCACCAUAACGCUGACGGAGCUAACAAAGCACCAACUGUAGUUGUUAAUCCUAUACCUGUAGCUGCUGCAGCAGUAACUACCUCUCUGGACACCUUAUCACAUUCAUCUAGCUCCUUUGGAAGCAGCUCGUCUUUAAAUAGUAACGGAUUUAUUCCCAUAGGUACUGGCAAUCUGCCUCUGGGAAAUGUUAAUCAAGGUUAUGCUGGACUCGGUGGAAGUACUUAUGGAGGUCAAACAGUUGCCAGCUAUGGAUCCGGAGCUUCUGGAGCCAGUUUUGGAGGAGUUAAGCCGGUUAAUGAGAACUUUGGUCCUCAGACGUUUGGAGCAUCUGCUUCGGGGCUAGGAUCGUUUGGUGCUUCGUCUAGCUUUGGCAGCAACAGUUUUGGGUCAUCUGGUGGCUACUACGGUUCAAAUGGAUUGUACAAAAAAGAACUCAAUGUUGAAUCCGUUAACAAUAACUACCUUGGCUCAAAUUAUGCUGAUAAGUACCAAGGUGUCGAAUCAGCCAGAGCUGAAAACUAUGACUGUGUGUGUGUUCCUUAUGAUCAAUGUCCGACCCAUGACGUCAUUGGGCGCAAAGAUGAUCUAUACCUCGCCCUAGAUCCUAGAAACCUAAAGAGUGAUAUUGAGGCAGAAAGUGAUAAGGAAGAAACAAGAGUAAUCACCGAUGGAAAUGGAAAUAUGACUGUUGUAAGAGUUCCAAAAGACGUGACCAAUUCUAAUGUAACAGUAGAAGCUGAAAGCAAAGAAGCUGAAAAAUCUAGAAGAAAACGUGAAGCUGCUGCCGAGGAAAAGCAAGAUAAUAAAGAAGACGGAGAGCACAAUAUUGAAGGACGCCAAUAUCAAGGCCAAUAUCAAAGUACCUACGACAAUAUAAUGAAGAAGCUGAAGCCAUCAAUAGGCAUCUCUUUUGGUCUACCUUACCAGGGAGGCGGUGGGUACCCUUACUCUCCCAAUAAUGUUUAUCCCCACCACGGAACUAUUGGUUAUACUGGUAUCAAUUUGGGUUUAGUUUCUGUAAACCCUUUGGUGUCUGUUCAAUUUUCAAAAGAUGAUUAUGGAAAUAAAGUAAUCAAACCCCAUAUAAACUUACAUAUCACCCCUAACGAUUAUUUGGUCAACAAAUUUGAUGAUCUGGUUGCAUAUAAGAAGCGCAUAGUUUCAUUGAACAAGCAUAAACAUUACCACGUGCAUAAGGGUGGCUAUGGAUACGUUUCUUCACCACAUGAAGGUUAUGGCGGACCUUACAGGGAACAUCCUGGAGAAUUUCAUCACGGUCCCGAAUACAUCCACGGCCCACCGGGCUACCACCAUACUCCAGAGAUAUAUGAUGGCCCUCCUAGCCAUUAUCAUAAACCUUCAUCUCAGUAUUAUGAUCCUUCGAGUGAAUACCAUGGUCCUCCCGGUCAUUAUCAAGGUCCUGCAAUUGAAUAUGAUCAUCCGCCAAGCUAUGAUGGCCCAAGUGGUCCAUUUUUUCCCAAUAAACCUUCCCUAGGAGGAUACUAUGAUGAUCCUCAAAACUAUGGAGGUGGCUACCAAGAGCCCUUCUAUGGCAGAUCAUAUAAUAAUCUCACUUACACAAGUGGUUUAAAUCUACUGAAGCAAUAUAUUGAGAAAGUAAAUGAUGGUUCUAUAAAUUAUGGAAAUGAUGUAAGAUUUGAUCAACUAGACUCAAAUAGCAUUGAAAAAGAUGAUCUGGCUGACAAUCACACGUUCCGUGGAGGUAAAAGUAUUAAAUUUGAUGAGGGAGAGGCAUCACCUGAGCACCGACAAGAAUCCUCAGGGAUUCGAGUUGGGAAAAGUAUCAGGUUUGACGAGGGGGAAACCAAUAGUAGGCUCACUUGGUCUCCGGAUCAGUAUCCAACAGACGGGUUCCGUGGGGGAAAAAGUUUUAAAUUCGAAGGGGAGAGUAGUUCGGUAACCUUCCCUGGUAGCAGAAGAAAACGAGACAUUACUGACAAUGACUUGACCCAUAAUGAAAGUAGAAGCAAAACCCAGAAGCGUCAAGCAUAUUACGGUAGACCUCAAACUUGCGGUCCAAGACACGUGUGUUGCCGUAGACCAGUCAGGCCAGUACCAAGUGUAAAUAGAAACACCUGCGGCACUAGACAUUCUCAAGGCAUUAAUGGACGUAUCAAGAACCCAGUGUACGUAGAUGGAGACUCUGAGUUUGGAGAAUACCCAUGGCAAGUGGCGAUUUUAAAGAAAGACCCUAAGGAGAGUGUGUACGUUUGCGGUGGUACUUUGAUUGAUCCCCUGCAUAUCAUCACCGCUGCCCAUUGCGUUAAGCAAUACACCAACUUUGACUUGCGAGUGCGUCUGGGUGAAUGGGAUGUGAACCACGAUGUAGAGUUCUACCCUUACAUCGAACGGGACAUUGCAAGCUUAACGGUUCAUCCAGAAUUCUACGCCGGUACGCUGGCCAAUGAUAUCGCUAUCUUAAGAAUGAGCACACCCGUCGAUUUCGCCAAGCAUCCUCACAUUGCCCCCGCUUGUUUACCUCAUCCUCAAGAUGACUACACCGGAACCAGAUGCUGGACCACCGGCUGGGGCAAAGACGCUUUUGGUGACUUUGGAAAAUACCAGAAUAUCCUUAAGGAAGUCGAUGUUCCAAUUGUUGGAUUUGGGCAAUGCCAAAGGCAGUUACAGAACACUAGAUUAGGUUAUGAGUUUAAACUUCACCCAGGAUUUGUUUGCGCUGGUGGUGAAGAAGGCAAAGAUGCUUGCAAAGGAGACGGUGGUGGUCCCAUGGUAUGUGAAAGAGGUGGUACCUGGCAAGUGGUAGGCGUGGUGAGCUGGGGAAUCGGUUGUGGUCAAGUUGGCGUUCCUGGUGUGUACGUUAGAGUGGCCCAUUACUUGGAUUGGAUCAGACAAGUCACGCAAAGAUAUUAAACUUUUGUGAUAUGAGUUAGUGUAUAAUUAUUUUUUAAGUUAUUUAUUACUAGUUUUGUUGUUUUUUUUAAAUUAUUGCUAACUUAUUAAAUAAUUGUGUAAAUAUUGAUAAGGCCUUUAAAAAGUAACGGCUCAUUUUUUAUAUUACCAUAUUAUUCUGCUUAGCUGCUGUAAAUGUAAUGCUUUGUGAUAGUAAUUGUCUUAGAAUAAAUAGAUGGACUUCAAUAAACAAUUUUUCUAUAAA